CAGCCCUUCCUUUGCAUACAAUGAGAAGUUCAGUUACUGCGCAUGUCCACAAACUCAGCCUUAGAGGGGGCGGGGCUUCGGUGACGUACCAGGAACAGUUCAACACGCGUGUUAGCGAUCUUACGGUGUGUUGAUGAUGUCAUCAGCAGCGGCGCCACCGUGUUCAUCGUCCAGGAGGAAACCUGCGACGGCUCAGCAGAGACGGGCCACAUUUGGUUCUCUGUUUGACCUCCAGAGGAAGCAGAGAGCAGAGAAGAGGAGGUUCAGCGCGUCCUCAGAGGACAAGAGAGACGACUUCAAACAGAGGAGACUGCAGCACAGCAAUACAGCGGAGGAGGAGGUGCAGGCUGAAGCUCAGGCUCCAGUCCCUGAGCAGACAGGCAGAAGGACACCACAGGACAAGAACAAGAAGAAUGGAGUGAGGGAAACAGGAAGAAGCAGCAUCAAGACUUCCUCUCUGUUCAAACACAAUCCAGAGAUCCCUCAGAUCCACAGCCCAAGUGUUUCACAGUUAAAGGAGAAGAUUUUCACCAGUGACUCAUUUUCAGACCUGGACCUCCACCCCCAUCUGGUGGCGACACUGAACAAAGUCUUCAAUGUUUCUACUGUGACCAGUGUGCAGAGGCAGACCGUUCCAGCUCUCCUGUCAGGACGAGAUGCUGUGGUCCGAUCUCAGACGGGCUCAGGUAAGACUCUGUCCUUCGCUGUCCCGGUGGUCCAGAGUCUUCAGGCCGUUCAGCCGAAGGUCACCCGGUCCGACGGCCCUCUGGCCGUCGUCAUCGUCCCCACCCGAGAGCUCGCACUGCAGACAUUUCAGACCUUCCAGAAGCUUCUCAAGCCGUUUACCUGGAUCGUCCCAGGUGUUCUGAUGGGAGGAGAGAAGAGGAAAGCAGAGAAGGCCAGGCUCCGUAAAGGCAUCAACAUCCUGGUCUCGACUCCCGGGCGUCUGGUGGAUCACAUCAAAAACACCCUGAGCAUCGCCUUCAGUGCUGUUCGCUGGCUGAUCCUGGACGAGGCCGACCGGACUUUGGACCUGGGAUUUGAGAAGGAUCUGACCGUCAUAAUGAACAGUCUGAACUCAGCAGGAGUAAGCAGACAGAACGUCCUGCUGUCCGCUACGCUAACACACGGUGUGACUCGGUUAGCGGAUGUUUGUCUUAACGACCCAGUCAGCAUCCACGUGUCUGGCCCCGCCUCCUCUGGCCUCACCACCGACCUUGCCGUGACCUCUGUCGCCAGCACUGGCAGCCAGUCGGAGAGCUUUGCUGUACCAGAGGCACUGAAGCAGUUUGUGGUGGUGGUUCCCAGCAAGAUCAGACUGGUCUGUCUGGCUGCUUUCAUACUGGACAAAUGCAAGUUUUCUCAGAACAACAAGCUCAUCGUUUUCAUCUCGAGCUGCGAGGUCGUCGAGUUCCUCCACUCUCUGUUCACCUCUGUCCUCUCUAAGCCCUCGACCAAUCAGAAGCCUUGCCUCAACUUCCUGCGUCUCCAUGGCAACAUGAAGCAGGAGGAGCGCUCAGAGGUCUUCCAGCAGUUUUCAUCGUGUCAGACUGGAGUUCUGCUCUGCACAGAUGUAGCAGCGAGAGGUCUCGACCUUCCUCAAGUCACCUGGAUCGUUCAGUACACUCCUCCGACGGCGGCGGCAGAGUACGUCCAUCGCGUUGGUCGGACGGCUCGUAUCGGAGCAAGAGGAAACGGUCUCAUCUUCCUCACUCCCGCUGAGACUGCCUUCAUCGACGAGCUGGCCAAUCACAACAUUAGCCUCUCAGAAAUUAAACUGUUGGAUGUCCUGUCCAGUCUGAUGAUGGAUGACACCUACAAGGGGCGGGGCAAAUACCACAGCAAGAGGUCGUCCGCAGCUCUGGAGCAGGAGACCAGAGAGCGAGCGACGGUCCUGCAGACGGAGUUUGAGAACUUUGUUCACUCGGACGCUCAGUCGGUGCAGACGGCUAAGACAGCGCUGCAGUCCUUCCUGCGGGCGUACACGGCCUACCCCAGCCGCCUCAAACACAUCUUCCACAUCCGCUCCCUCCACCUGGGACACACCGCCAAGAGCUUCGGCCUCAGAGACGCUCCGCAGGGCCUGAGCGCCGCCCCCGGCCCCUCUGGCCCCAGGGCCAAAAGCCACAAGAGGCCAAACCGGGAGUCCAGGAGUCCGGUCAAGAAGCAGAGCCGGACACCCAGCGGCAGACCGACACAGAGCAGGUUUUCUCCUGGUCAGAGGGAGCUCCGCCUGUUUCGCUCCGAGUUCUCCAGCGGGCUGGACGGAGGAGACGCCGAGAAGAAGAAGAAGAAGAAGAAGAAGAAGACUUCCUUUGGUCAGUCGGGAGAGGAGGAGGAGGCGACGAAUCUCACUGAGGAGUUUCCUACAGGAUGUCUGCGAGUUUUGGAAAAGUGUGUGCAGUUGCUGGUUUGAUUCCUCAGGUGUUCGUCCUGCCACAGGCGAGCGUACUGAUGAGACAGGAGGUCUGACAGCGGAGACGGCGUCCUGGAGGACAGAUCAGUCAGGACAUCAGUCACUUAUCAACAGUCAGCUCCACAGGUGUGUUUCUCACCUGGUUUUGACCCCGAACGUGACGUCAGGCACCGCCAGGCCCCCUGAAGUCCUGCCCCUCUGCUGUUUGGGGGCGGGGUUUUGGCUCCUGGUCCUGCCCACCUGAGCCCGGUACUGACUCAGCUCUUUGGACGUCACCACUCCGGACUUCACCGCGUCCCGGUUCAGGGACACGAAGUCCAGGGCGACCGGUCGAGCAGAGUCUGCACGUCUGGGCUGAACCCCCCAGCUGGACAGAGCUGACACAACACAGGGACAAGGUUCAGGGACUGGACUUCCCAUCAGGCCUCACUGCUCUGUGCCAGUCCACAUCUUUGUGUGGGACAGUUCAGGAAUAUCUGACAUGGGAGCUUUGAAAUGUCUUCAUAAAAUAUAAUUAAAAAAUGUGUGUGUGUUCAGUG